CCCCGUCCGGCUUAGCUGGAAAAGGGGCGCGGGCCGUGUGGGGAAGGAGGAGGCGCCGCGGCGGCUGCCCGCUCCGCUGCCGAGCGCAGCGCUGAGGAGCCACCAGCAGCUCCGGCACCUCCUCCUCAGGGAUCGUGAUUCUCGUCGCGGCCAAAACAAAAGCCUUCGGCGCCAGGCUGCGGCGGGUGGUCGGAGGGGCUCCGGGAGCCGCGGCGGGCCGACGGGGUGCGGAGGACCCGAGUGUGCGGCGCGGGCUGAGUUCAUUGUUGGUGUGUGGAAACACAACCGAUUUUUGUAUAUUGAUUUGUAUCCAGCAACUUUACUGAACUCAUCAAAGGCUUUAAUAUCAAGUCUACAAUAUUUUGAGAAGAAAUUAUUAAUAUUGCCCAUUAAAAAAAUACUUUGCAGAUAUUUCAACCAAAGGAAGAAAUAGCUCUCCUAAGAUGGAAUCUGUUGUUUGGGAAUGUGGUUGAUCAACUUGAUAUGUUGGCCAGAUAUGCCCUAUGUAAUAAAAUGAAAAGAAGAGACAAGAUGAUGUCAUUUUCCCGUAUUGUGAAACCAAAAACAAAUGCCUUUUGUGAGACCAAGCUAACAAACCUCUGAUGGUCAAAGAGUAUUUAACUGUUUGAAGAACUUAACAGUAAGAUAUAGAAGAAAUACUUUCAAGCUGAGACCUGCAGGUGAAUAAUGAUCUAAAAUACAUAUUGAGUAGGCCUGAUCAUCCAAAUCUCAUUCAGAUCCAGGAAGGAUGGCUAUGAGUUGGAUUGUCUUCUACUUUUGGCCCUUGACUAUGUUUGUGGGACAUAUAGGUGGGCACAGUUUGUUUUCUUGUGAACCCAUUACCUUGAGGAUGUGCCAAGAUUUGCCUUAUAAUACUACCUUUAUGCCUAAUCUUCUGAAUCACUAUGACCAACAGACAGCAGCUUUAGCAAUGGAGCCAUUCCACCCAAUGGUGAAUCUGGAUUGUUCUCGGGAUUUUCGGCCAUUUCUUUGUGCACUCUAUGCUCCUAUUUGUAUGGAAUAUGGACGUGUCACACUUCCUUGUCGUAGGCUGUGUCAGCGGGCUUACAGUGAGUGCUCGGAGCUCAUGGAGAUGUUUGGUGUUCCUUGGCCUGAAGAUAUGGAAUGCAGUAGGUUUCCAGAUUGUGAUGAGCCAUAUCCUCGACUUGUGGAUCUGAAUUUAGCUGGUGAUCCUACUGAAGGAGCUCCAGUGGCAGUGCAGAGGGACUAUGGUUUUUGGUGUCCUCGAGAGUUGAAAAUUGAUCCUGAUCUCGGUUAUUCUUUUUUACACGUGCGUGAUUGUUCACCUCCUUGUCCAAAUAUGUACUUUAGAAGAGAAGAACUUUCAUUUGCUCGAUACUUCAUAGGAUUGAUUUCAAUCAUUUGCCUCUCUGCCACAUUGUUUACUUUUUUAACUUUUUUGAUUGAUGUCACAAGAUUCCGUUAUCCUGAAAGACCUAUUAUAUUUUAUGCAGUCUGCUACAUGAUGGUAUCAUUAAUUUUCUUCAUUGGGUUUUUGCUUGAGGACCGAGUAGCCUGCAAUGCAUCUAGCCCUGCACAGUAUAAGGCUUCCACAGUGACACAAGGAUCUCAUAAUAAAGCCUGUACCAUGCUUUUUAUGGUACUCUAUUUUUUUACUAUGGCUGGCAGUGUUUGGUGGGUAAUUCUUACCAUCACAUGGUUCUUGGCAGCUGUGCCAAAGUGGGGUAGUGAAGCAAUUGAGAAGAAAGCAUUGCUAUUUCACGCCAGUGCAUGGGGCAUCCCCGGAACUCUAACUAUCAUCCUUUUAGCGAUGAAUAAAAUUGAAGGUGACAAUAUCAGUGGCGUGUGUUUUGUUGGCCUCUACGAUGUUGAUGCAUUGAGAUAUUUUGUUCUUGCUCCCCUCUGCCUGUAUGUGGUAGUUGGAGUUUCUCUCCUCUUAGCUGGCAUUAUAUCCCUAAACAGAGUUCGAAUUGAAAUUCCAUUAGAAAAGGAGAACCAAGAUAAAUUGGUGAAGUUUAUGAUCCGGAUUGGUGUUUUCAGCAUUCUUUAUCUCGUACCACUCUUGGUUGUAAUUGGAUGCUACUUUUAUGAGCAAGCUUACCGUGGCAUCUGGGAAACAACAUGGAUACAAGAACGCUGCAGAGAAUAUCACAUUCCAUGUCCAUAUCAGGUUACUCAAAUGAGUCGUCCAGACCUGAUUCUCUUUCUGAUGAAAUACCUGAUGGCUCUCAUAGUUGGUAUUCCCUCCAUUUUUUGGGUUGGAAGCAAAAAGACAUGCUUUGAAUGGGCCAGUUUUUUUCACGGUCGUAGGAAAAAAGAGAUAGUAAAUGAAAGCCGACAGGUACUACAGGAACCUGAUUUUGCUCAGUCUCUUCUGAGGGAUCCAAAUACUCCUAUUAUAAGAAAAUCAAGAGGAACUUCCACUCAAGGAACGUCCACACAUGCUUCUUCAACUCAGCUUGCUAUGGUGGAUGAUCAGAGAAGCAAAGCAGGGAGUGUCCACAGCAAAGUAAGCAGCUACCACGGCAGUCUCCACAGGUCCCGUGAUGGCAGGUACACUCCCUGCAGUUACAGAGGAAUGGAAGAGAGACUACCUCAUGGCAGCAUGUCACGACUGACGGAUCACUCCAGGCACAGUAGUUCUCAUCGGCUCAAUGAACAGUCACGACAUAGCAGCAUCAGAGACCUCAGUAGUAAUCCCAUGACUCACAUCACACAUGGUACUAGCAUGAAUCGAGUUAUUGAAGAAGAUGGAACCAGUGCUUAACUUGUCUGAAGGUGGAAAACCUGUGCUGUUUAAAAAGCAGAUUUUAUUCUUUGCCUUUGCAUGACUGAUUGCUGUAACUCACUGUUAUCAUGCUUUCAGUCAGGUACAGAUUAUGUCCACUGGAAAAAUAAAUUUAUGCUUUUUAUAUUGCAUCAAAUUUGGAACAUCAAGGCAUCAAAAAUGCUAAUAAUUAUAUCAUCACAUAAAUAAUUCUUAUUUCUAGGUUGUGAAAAGAUAAUUAUUUGUCUGGUAAGCAUUUUUAUAAACCCACUUAUCUUUAUAUUUAGAAAAACCCUAAACAUGUGGUGACUGCUUUGUAGUGAACUUUCAUAUGAUAUCAACUAGCUGUGAGAUAACAUUCUGGUAGUUGUAUCAAAAAAACAAAAUUUCAGAAUUAAGGAAAUUUUCUAUGCAAGGUUUAUUUCUCAGAUGAAUAGUUGGACUUUGUAGUUUUCUUUCUACUAAGUUGAAAAAGAACUAUGUUUUUAAACUGUAGGAGAAUUUGAUAAAUCAGCAAGGGUAUUUUAGCUAAUAAGAUAUAAGAUCAACAGAAGAAUCUGAAUAGUCCAUUGAAGGCUCUUCAAAAAAAUCCUAUCAAAAUAAUCUUCAUCCAGAGACAUACAGGAUUAGGAUUAGCAGUGGAAUAAAAGCAGAGAUGGACAUUUUUUUUCUCUAUAAUUGUGCUGUCUUUACUACUUUUGUAAAUAUUACUUUUACUGGCUGUGUUUUUAUAACUUAACCAUAUGCAUGGUGGAAGAAGUUUAAUUUGUAGCCAUCUUUUCCCAUGUAGUAGUAUUAAUUCUCAGAGAACACCAUGUUCAGAUCUGUUCCAUGGAGGCAUGUAAUUAGAUUAGCAUCAUACAUUAUAAGCUUUUUUGUGGGAACUACAAUUACAAAUGGCAAAAUGUUUUCUCUAUAUUCAUUGUUUGUAUUUUUCUACAGUGAGAUGUGAUCUUGCCAAAGCCGCCAGAUCUUGGUACCCAGGCCCCUCCUAUUAGUGACUUGAUUGUUUGUAUUCGCAUUUCCCAGUAGCCAUGAGGCUAUAGCUUUUUGCCCCACAUUCUUGUUUCAGAUUCUAGAUCUUUUUUUUUUUACAGUUGAAAUAUAUAUAACCUAAGUCCAAAGUGGUGAUUAAUUUGAGAUAUUUGAAAAAUCAUUGUAACUAAAUGAAGCAUGAUUAGUCUUGCUGUAAAGUAUCUUUUAGUCUUACCAAUAUCAAUUCAAAAAUGUUUGACAUUUUCUCAUGUAAUCUUUAAAUAAUUUACAGUAAAAACUAUCAACUUUAUUAGGCAUGAAAUUGAUCAUAAGGGAAAGAAAAAUUAUGGAAAAUGCUGGAUGUGUUUUAUAGAAUAGCAUAUUUAAAUAAGUGGUCCUCAGUCCUGCCUACAGAUAAGAAUUACUUGGGGAACCUCUAAUGUUCAACACCUUCCUCUCAUUCAGAGGAGAUUUGUUUUUUUUUUUUCUUUUUAAAGCUUUCUAGGUGGUUCUAAUCUGUAAUCAAGAUGCAGGCUGUUUCAAACUAACUUGCCCCCUGAUAAUGAGCUGAUGGCAUCAUAUUAUAUCACAUAAAUAUCUAGCUGGACUCAAUGUUGUGCUUUUAUAUCAUUACCUGAUAUGGCAAUUGUUCUUCACUUUAUUGUCCAUUAUAAAAUGUGGAAUUUAGGGCACCACUCUUAAAGAUUCUUACUCAGUAAGUCAAAGAUGGUAGGACUUUUAAAGUAUGUAGUUGUAAGAAUACUACAGGUGAUUCUUAAUGCAGGUAAUACAAGAAUCACACUUUGAAAAAUAUUCUAGACUCUAGAGAGGCCUGGCUUUCCCAUAUGCCAAUUUUUGACCUUUAUAAAGUAAACUUCUCUGAGCCUCAGUUCCCUUGUUUAUAAAUGAAGAUAGAAGAUAAGUACCUACCUCACAAAGUUGUUGAAUGGGAGUCAAAUGAAAAAUCAUAUGAAAGCUCUUUGAAAACUGUAAAGCAUUGUGAAAUAUAAGGGAUUAAGAUUAUUAAGGAUUUAAGAGAUUUGUUUGAAGGCUACUAUAGUACAUUCCUUGACAUGUGUUUAAUUCAUGUGUACUUUUUUCUUUUCUUUUGAAAAAUACUAAGAAAUUGGGUGUUGCAAAGUUUUCUGAUGAUUUGUAUAUCAUAUUUUUCAAAGUACAUAUAUCUUAUGUUUAUGAUUAACUCUUUAUAGAACAUAUUUGAACAGUUAGCCCCAAAGUAUUUUUCUUUUUCCUCUGUCUUCAUUGUCUUUGUCCUUGGAACUAACUGGAGUUAGUACUGGAUAAGCAGGGUCUGAAUUCCCUCAUAACUGACAAUUAGUAAGUAAACCUUUCCUCUGAAGGCCAAACUUACAACUCAUUUAUAUAAUAACUCAGUAAUUCAUAGGCUUUUUUCUGAGAAUCUCUCCUGAGAACAGCAUGAGAGGAACAAAACAAACAUUCAGAAACAAAAAUAAGAAGUUAAAAUAGAAGGUACCAGUUUGAGCUCAAAGAUGCUGUCAUCCGUUACCAUCUGCAUUAUAUUAUCAAUUGCCAAAAUGUUAAUUGAUUUUCUUGUACAAGUAGGCCAAGUGUAGACAGUUAUGUGCACAUCCCUGUGAAAAUCUUAACUUUGUGCUGUUUUUUAUAUAUUCAUUACAAGUUCUUUAUUAAACUCGCUGUUGUAAUAUAUAUAAAUGCUAUGUUGACCUUUCAGUUACUCUCAGUAUCUUAAUUUUGCUCCACAAAAUUUACUUAAUAUCAUCAAUGAAUUGUUUUAAAUAACAA